AUGCACGGAGACCGCACCCCCCGCCCCACUCGCCCCGACCCUCCCUGCAGUGGCAGGAGGGCCAGGGCGGGGCACCAUGGAGGGGGAGACGAAGUGGUUUCAAAAGUAGUCAGUACCAUGAAGGGCUCAGGGGGUUGUGUCACACUUACCUCCUCAGCUUUCCUUCCCUGCUUGCCCCCCAUAACCCCCUGCUUGCCCCACAGUUCAACCCUUUACUCGCUCUCUCCACAGCCCCUCCCCCUCCUGGGUGCCCCACCACAUUCUCCCUCCUUGCAGACCCAUGACACACAUCCCAUGCCCCCUGCCCUCCGCCCACUUCCCACCUCCACCCCCACCCAUAUCCCACCUCCACCCACCUCUCCACUACCCACCUCAAUCCACCCACCACCCAAGUUAGGCUCCCUUGCCCAUUUGCUUAUUGUCCAAGGGCCCCCCAUCCCACCUUACCUCACCCAACCCCACCUCACCUCCACCCAUCCCCUGCCCCUCACUCCUGUGUGUUGCCCCAGUCCCCCUGGAAGGCCGGGUCACUGCUCCUCACAGUGGUCCACGGGCUCUUUCCUCGCCCCAGCGGCCCACCUGGCCUGCCUUGUGCCCAGUGUCCUGCCCCGGGAACCCUCCCUCGGGCCGCACACGGGGCACUUGUAG